AAACCGCCCAGCACUCGUUCAGGCCUCAGUACUCCAUCAGAAGAUGCUUUUGACUCAACAUCAUCCAUAUUACCCCCCACAAUGGCGCAGGGCUCUCAGUCCAGAUCACAACUCGCUCAAUCACAACAUCGAGACGAUUCGGAAUCUCACAUCCAGGUCGUUAUGCGUUGUAGACGACGGUCGGACCGCGAGGUGCAGGAGAAUUCACCUAUCAUCGUUACAACGUCUGGCGCUCGGAGUCAAUCUGUGACGAUUGAAACGGCCUCACCUUCUACUGGACUCGGUGUCGUUACUCUACCGCCUACAAGAACCUAUCCAUUUGAUGCCGUGUUUGGCCCUGAGGCCGAUCAGGCCAUGAUUUAUCAAGAGGUCGUGAGCCCUAUGUUAGAAGAGGUACUACUGGGCUACAAUUGCACACUGUUUGCGUAUGGUCAAACUGGCACUGGUAAAACAUAUACCAUGCAGGGAGACCUCGGCACGACUCCGAUGGGCAAUCCCAAUGCCCAAGCAGGAAUGAUCCCUCGCGUUCUCUUCCGUCUCUUUCACCAACUUGAAGACUCCAAUGCAGACUACAGCGUCAAGAUCUCCUACGUCGAACUUUACAACGAAGAGCUUCGGGACCUCCUCGCCUCAGAAUUUUCCGUACCCGCAGGGUCCAUACAGCCGAUGGGAAUGGGCACCAGAGAUACCAAUCCUCCCGCGGGAGGACUCAAGAUUUUUGACGACGCAGCUAAGAAGGGCGUAUUUAUUCAGGGUCUGGAGGAGACUGCUGUCAAGGAUGCCCAGGAUGCGUUGGCGCUGCUCGUCAAGGGUAGUCACCGUCGCCAGAUCGCCGCCACCAAAUUCAACGACCACUCCAGUCGUUCACAUUCCGUUUUUUCUAUCACCAUACAUACGAAGGAGACAUCGAGCAUGGGUGAGGAUCUGUUGAGGGUGGGGAAGAUGAACCUCGUUGAUCUGGCUGGUUCGGAGAACAUCGGGAGGUCUGGUGCGGAGAACAAGCGCGCGCGCGAGGCUGGAAUGAUCAAUCAAAGUUUGUUGACCCUUGGUCGAGUGAUCAACGCUCUUGUUGAACGAGGCUCUCACAUUCCAUAUCGUGAAUCGAAACUCACCCGUCUUCUCCAAGACUCGCUCGGAGGCCGCACGAAGACUUGCAUCAUCGCCACCAUCUCUCCCGCUCGGUCCAACAUGGAAGAGACUCUUUCCACCCUCGACUACGCCAUGCGUGCCAAGUCCAUCCGCAACCGUCCGGAAGUCAAUCAACGUCUCAGCCGAAACUCCCUUCUCAAAGAAUACGUCGCCGAAAUCGAACAUCUCAAGGCCGACCUCCUCGCCGCGCGCGAGAAGAACGGCAUAUUCUUCGCGGAGGAGACUUGGAACCAGAUGAGCGCGGAGCAGGAGUUGGCGAGGACGGAGAUGGAGGAGGCGAAGAGGCAGGUGGAGAUUAUCGGGAGUCAGAUGAGGGCAGUGAGGGAGGAGUUCGAAGAGUGUAUGAAGUUGUUGAACGAGAGGGACGAGGACUUAAGGAACACGAAGGGGCGGUUAGUGCAGACCCAGGGGUUGUUGGGGGUAAGAGAAGGAGAGUUGAGAGAUACAAAGGGGGCGUUGGACGAGGAGAUCGUGGUCAGGACGGCGUUCCAGGAUUCUGAGACUGCUUUGAAUGUCGUGGCGCUCAGUCUGAAGAGGGCCGCUGAGGAGGGACGGAUUGACAUCGAGGGCCUCUUCGCGAAGUUGGGCCGAAAAUCGUCUGUUUUCGACUCAAAUACGAAGACCGUCUUCACUCAGAGCAAGCUUCUGACCGCCGAAACCCAAGCUUUCACUGCGGAGCUCGACAAGUUCGUCAAGUCCACCACCGACAGCGCCACCCGCGUCUCGACCGAUACCCAACAAUACCAAACCAAAGAGCUCGAGACGCUGACCAGUUACUCUGAGCGCGUAGCAGAGCAGAUGCAACGCGUGCAAGAGGCUCUACAGACCAUUCAGGCCAAGGACGAAAUUUCAGCUGAAGCCAUCAAUGUAGUUCAAUCUGCGGUGAAAGAGGCGCACGAUAGCGUUCGGACUGGCUUUACGACCUGGUCUGAAAAGUUCAGGUUGUCAAACGCGUCGCUCUGUGCCGAGGUCGAGAAGACAAGUAUGCACGGCUGCCAGCUGGUCGAGAAAGCGCUUAAGGGCAUGUCUUCGCUGAUCGAGAGCAUCAUCCGUGAAGCCCAGGACCACAUCGAGACUGAAUGCAAAGCCGCCGAAGAAGCUCAACUCCUUGCCUCAGCCGCAUCUAACGAAGAAAUCCGUCGCCUGCAAGAACAGAACGCCUAUCUCGUCAGUCUCCUCGAGACCGAGAAGGUGAAAUCGGAACGCGCAAAGGAUGACCUCAUCAAACGCAUCUCGGGCCUGCUCGGUGAAUUCGUGAACGAGAGGGAUCGCAGUUUGAGAGAGGCUGUGACGGAUAUUUCAGAAGGUAACGAGAGGGGAGAGGAAGUAAUGGUGCAGUUUGGGGAGGAUCAUGGGAAGAAAGUGGAGGGUAUCGUGACGAGAGGGCAGGAAUGGGCACCUGUGUUGAGCAAGAAGGGAGGGGAGGGGAAGAGGCUGAGGGAUGGUGCACUCAAGUCGCUCAGCUCAGUCAACGCCACUGUCAAGGACGGCCUGACGAACGUUCAGAACUCUUUCUCCACUUCGCUUUCGACAUAUUCUGAAGAUAUCCAGAAACACACGCAUGCACUCAAUGUUACAACUGCGGAUGCCCUGGAGCGCCAUGGCCGCGCGAAGAGAGCUCGCAUCGAGGCUACAAACGCUAUGGGUGUCGACAUGCAGUCGGGAUCCAAACAGACGCAACGCGUCAUUGCCUCCACCUCCCGAAACAUCGAAUCGAACGCAACCCGUGUUGUCGGCGAGACAUCCAAAUUAUCGUCAACAAUCGAGAAUCACUUCAACUUCAGCACGGAACGCCUGUCCACCCUCCGCGAGAUAUCCCACACCCUCAUCGAACAAGGCGCUCGAGACGACCAACCCACGGGUACAACGCCUCGUAAACGCACGAUCGAAUUUGCCACCGAGUGGGACCUUACCAGACCGCGUGACGACCUCCUGCGCGAAUGGAAAUCGAAUAGACCUCGAGCUCCUUCGCAAUUGGAGCGCCUACGGAUGCCUUCGCUCGAGGACCUGAAAAAUAUACCAUUACCGAUAUCUCCGGAACCUGAUGUAGAGCCCGAAGAUGAGGAAGAUGAGACGGCGAGGCCGAGGGUCCCGGCGUCGUAUAGAGGGUUGGGCAGCUCGGUGUCGUCAAGUACGAGUUCGAGGACUUCGAAGGCGAAGAUGGACUUGACACCAGAGGAUCUAGUCGUCGUGCCGCAGAAGGAAGAGGUCGAGCAAGACGAGCGAUUAUUCUCUUCGUCUAAUCCUUCUUUGGGGUCUUCGUCUACAUCGGAUUCUUCUGAAGCUUUCGCGCCCACAUCGACACAUACUCAGGUCCCGGCACCCGCGCCCGCACCCCCACCUGCACUUGCACCCGCACCCGCACCCGUACCCUCGAUACCGGCACCGACAAAGAUGCGUACACGAACGAUGUCGAAGAUAGGCCUACCGACGACGGCGGGCAGUAAUCAUGUCGCGCGGGGGUCGAGAAGAGCACGGUGAUCGGUGAUGUGAUACCUGCCUGUUUGUCGGAUUGCCGUAGUUUUAGUCUUUCCUUCGUGUUUUCCUUCUACAUAUCUGGAUAUUUCAUUGACGCUGUUUGAAUGUAUUGUACUUUCUUGUUUAUUGGCUCGUUCGUCACUGCCAUUGUAUUGAGUCUCUUUUUCGUGUAGAUCCCACGGUACUAUAUACCUCCAUGUU